AGGUUGGACCAAAUGAUGUCUCCUCCAUGAUACGAUCUAAUUCUUUCAUUUUUCUUGUGUUUCCCCCCUUCUAUUACUCCCCCACUCAACAAAAUUCUUGUUCCCCUUCUGAUCUCUUCACUCUGCUACCUCCAAAACAUUUACCUAAUUUGUUUUCUUUGUUAAAUCUAAUAAUCUUGAAGAGAUCGAUCAUAUGUCAAGUAGUAAAGGCAAGGAUGUUCAUGAAGGAUCAUCAUCAAAUUCCUCUUCUUCUUCCUCAGCUCUAAUCGUUGUUGUUGACGAUCACAAUCAUCAUCAACAACAACAACAGUUUGAACGAGGAGAUGAGCAAGCAGCACCAACAUCGUCAGUAGUAGGCGCACCAGUGAUUAGUCGGUACGAGUCACAAAAGAGGAGAGAUUGGUACACUUUUGGGCAAUAUUUGAGGAACCAAAGGCCACCAUUGGCUAUAUCACAAUGCAAUUCAAGUCAUGUAUUGGAAUUCCUGAGAUAUCUAGACCAAUUUGGGAAGACAAAAGUGCAUUUAAAUGGGUGUGGUUUCUUUGGAGAACCUGAGCCAGCAGGGCCUUGUACUUGCCCUCUUAGACAAGCUUGGGGCAGCCUUGAUGCUCUUAUUGGUCGCCUUAGAGCUGCUUAUGAAGAAAAUGGAGGCUCAUCAGACACUAAUCCAUUUGCUAGUGGUGCUAUUAGGGUUUAUUUAAGGGAAGUUAGGGACUCUCAAUCCAAGGCCAGAGGAAUCCCAUAUAAGAAGAAGAAGAAAAAGAAGAUUCCAAUUAACACUCAUCAACAAGGAGCCUAAGAGAAGGAGUAGUGAGCAGUUGAUGUGUUUUUGGAGGGUCUCUCAGUUGCAAUAUGGAUAUUUGAUCUCAAAAUUAAACAACACCACAUGCAUGCAAAAAGCUCUUUUGAGUUAAAAGUAAUUUUAAUUAAGUUGUUUUUCUUUAAUCUUUCCUUAUACCUUUAAGCAUUGUGGUCUCUUUUUUUUCUAUCAUAUUUUGGUUCUUCGAAUUGGAGUUUCAGCACAGCCAAUUUCUGGAUCAAAUAUGGGUAUGUCAUUGCAAAAUUACUCUCUCUUUUUUAUUGCCUUUUUAAUUCAUAGAGAUUUUGUGUCAAUUUUAUUAUUAUAUAUAGUUAUUAUUCAGCAUGGAUUAUGUAUUUCUUUCAUUACUUAAUCUCAUUCCUUUUUCAAUAUA